AUUUCUUUGAAACAUGUCUUUGCUCUUUUCUUUGCAGUGAUCUGACUGAAAACAUGUCGCUAAUUGCACAAGGGAAUGAUGAAGAUAGUUUGAUGCCUGUUGAACCGAUUCCAGCAGAACUCCUGCUAGAAACCUAUAAAAGGAAGUUAGCAGAUGAAGGGAGGCUUUUCCUGGGAGAAUUUCAGAGCAUUCCCAGGAUCUUCUCAAGAUACGCAGUGAAAGAAGCUAAGAAGGCCUGCAACGCCCCCAAGAACCGCUAUGUGGACAUCCUGCCAUAUGAUUACAACCGCGUCCAACUGGCCACAGGAAACGGAGAAGCAGGAUGCGACUAUAUUAACGCCAGCUUCAUUGACGGUUUCAAGGAGCCAAAAAAAUACAUUGCAGCUCAAGGACCAAAGGACGAAACUGUGAGUGAUUUCUGGAGGAUGGUCUGGGAGCAGCAGUCCUCCAUUAUUGUCAUGGUGACCCGCUGUGAAGAAGGGAACAGGAUCAAGUGUGCCCAGUACUGGCCUUCUCUUGAUCGAGAGACGGAGAUCUACGAGGAGUUCAUAGUGAAGCUGACCUCAGAGGAACACUGCCCAGAUUACACCAUCCGCCAUCUGAGCCUGACUAACAAGAGAGAGAAGAACCUGGAGAGGGAAGUGACUCACAUCCAGUUCAUGAGCUGGCCCGACCACGGCGUCCCAGGAGAGCCGCACCUCCUCCUGAAGCUGAGGCGGCGCGUCAACGCUUUCAAGAACGUCUUCAGCGGCCCCAUCGUUGUUCACUGCAGUGCUGGAGUCGGCAGAACCGGCACCUACAUCGGCAUCGAUGCCAUGAUGGAGGGUCUGGAAGCUGAGGGCAGGAUAGACAUUUACGGAUACGUUGUCCAACUCCGGAGACAAAGAUGCCUGAUGGUCCAAGUGGAGGCCCAGUACAUCCUGAUCCACCAGGCCUUACUGGAGCACAACCAGUUUGGAGAGACGGAGAUCUCUCUGUCGGAGCUGCACAGCACACUGAGCACACUCAAACAGAAGAACUCCGACAGCGAACCCACGCUCAUGGAGGAAGAGUUUGAGCGACUCCCCUCCUUUAAAAACUGGAGGACCUGUAACACAGGGAUCACAGAAGAAAACAAGAAGAAGAAUCGCUCUUCAGCUGUUAUCCCAUAUGACUACAACCGAGUGUUACUGAGGACAGAGGAAGACAACAGUCAGGACAGCGAAGUUGAUGAUGAAGAGCCAGAGGACUCGUCAGAUGAAGAAGACGAAGACUCCACUAGAUACAUCAAUGCCUCCCACAUUAAUGGAUACUGGGGAUCUCGUUCUCUCAUCACAGCCCAGGAUCCGCUGCCAGACACCUUCAACGACUUCUGGGCGAUGGUUUGCCAGAAGAAAUUAUCCACUAUUGUCAUGCUGUCAGAGCACAAAGAGGAUGGUGAACCUCUGUACUGGAGAAAAGAAAAGCAGACAUUUGGAGAUUUUGAGGUAGAAGUUUCAAGUACAGAAAUUACUCCAGUUUUCAUCACCCGCACCAUGCUGCUCCGACAUGUCAAGCGAAAAGACAGUCGGCAGGUGAAACAUUUCCAGUUCCUGAAGUGGGAGGGCACAGAGCUGCCAGACAAACCGCAGGAACUCGUAGAUAUGGCUAAGGAAGUAAAGCGCAGCUGCGUCGGCAGCAAAUCCCAGAGGAUGCCGAUUCUCGUCCACUGCAAUGACGGAUCGACGCGUUCAGGAAUUUUCUGUGGCCUGUGGAAUCUGCUGGACAGCGCUGAGACUGAGAAGCUGGUUGAUGUUUUCCAAGUGGUCAAAAUUCUGCGGAAGGACAGGAAGGGGAUGAUCACCAGCCUGGAGCAGUACCAGUUCCUGUACAAGGCUCUAGAGGGCGCCUUCCCCGUUCAGAACGGGGAAGUGAAACCAGUAAAGAGUACAACCGUCGCCAGUGUUGAAAUUGUUAACGAAACCAAAGCCGGAGAAGCAGAAGCGGAUAAGAAGCCAGAAGAGAAGAAGGCUGAGGAGUCAGCCAGCACUACCAGCAGCAACCAGCAGGCGGAGGCAGAGAGCACUCCUCUGGUGGCUGAGAGUGAAAAGGAAAAGAAAGAAGAGGAACCAGCAAAGGAGACCAGCGCCCUCAAAGAGUCCACACCACAGGAGGAAACCAGCAACGGCCCCACAGUCACUGUGGAGGUCUGAGAUGAUGAGGGGACACAUUUAUUCCUAAGCCUUUAAUACUUCAGUUUUAUGCUUUUAUAAAAAAAAAAAAUACAAAAAAAAAAACAUUAUGAAUGUAUAAACUGUGUAAAGAUUUAACUCAGUAUGAGAUGGUGAGUGAAAAUUAGAAAGAAUUAGAUUAAAUAUUGAUGUUUACUUCCAUAUUUUGAACUUCUAUAAGUUAUAAGGUUUCUGAGUAAAAGGUUAUUUUUCCUGCUGGCAAAGGUAUGAGAACUGCUGUUGUCAAACUAUGGAUCAAGAUUAAGUUUAAAUACACAGUAGAUGAGCGGUUUUGUUUGGUACUCUAAGUUUGUGUAAGGUUAAAUUUAGUUUAUAUUUUAGUUUCUCGCUAUUUUUACACGCCACAGUCUACAUUUACAUAUUGUACAUCUGCCAUAUCGCAAUAAUUUAGCUGUUAAGUUCAAAUUUCAUUAUUUACUACUGUAUUUCCUUUCUAAAAUACAAUGAAAAAUGUUUUAUUUAUGCAGACUUGCUUAUUAUUAUAGUGUUAAUGACUUCCAAAACAUAUUUGUCACUUCUUCUCAAAGGGACAUGUUUAAUUUUUUCUCAUCUCUGUGCUAUACUGAAAAAAUUGUUAUAUCCUCUCUGCCAGCAGAAAUAAACAAUAUUUUAUUAAAAUCCUUUGGGUGUCA